GUUGCUCUGGCAUAGAUGGUAUUUUUAGAUAAUUCGUGCCUAUUACUGCAAGUACAGGCGCGCCCUCUUCCAUACAAAUUGAGAAACCCGGUCGGAGAAGGUUUUCACUUCUCACUCUAUGUUCAGAAAACUCGCAUAACAAUUCUUACUCGGGUUUCUAGCAAUAAUUUUUACCUCACCAAAUUGUGUAUCAUUGGCAUUUUUUUACUGAAUCGGGUGCCUUUUUUCGAAAAGGCUUGACUAUAAAUAGAUCGCUACCCGAUGUACUUAUAGGAAAAUCUAGUGAGAGCUUUCCAUUCAUAAAACACGUUCAUUUAAUGUUCAGCAGCCAAGCCAUACGGGUCGCACUGCAAUAUUUUAUACGUACUUUAUAGUGAAGCUGUACGACAAUUAUAUACGUAGCUAUAGUAAGUGUGGACACCAAUCGAUACCUGCGGGUCACCCAACGAGGAGUUUUCUUCAGAACAGCCAGGCGAACCGAGAGAAAAAAUGGCGGCGGAGGGAGGUCUGGCGCCGACCGGCGACGGCGACAUGCCCGUGGGCGGCCCGAAGACGCCGCAGCAGAUUGCCGCCCAGCGCCGACUUCAGCAGACGCAGGCACAAGUUGACGAGGUCGUGGACAUUAUGAAGACAAACGUGGAGAAGGUUCUGGAACGAGAUCAAAAGCUUUCCGAACUUGAUGAUAGAGCUGACGCUCUCCAGCAGGGAGCUUCACAGUUUGAACAGCAAGCUGGGAAGCUGAAGAGCAAAUUUUGGCUGCAGAAUUUAAAGAUGAUGAUUAUCGCAGCCGUAAUCGGAAUCAUCAUUCUGGCUCUCAUCAUCGGUCUGUAAACAAUCACCAGGAUAGAAAGAGAGACCUGCCCGCCACUGGCUCCAUCGAUAUCAGAGACAUCAAUCUCCAAAAGAACUGUACAACGUUUUAAUUUCCUGUAGAGAUCACUAGAUACUAUUAGAAUAUACUAGAAUAUUGAAUAUCGGACGUAAUAAUAUCAAAACAAAACAUAUUACAGAUUUUAUCACGCAAAUGUAUCUAUUUAUCGUAAAGCAAUAUUAAAAUAUCUUUUUGAACCACUUGCAAGACAUUUCCUAAGUAAGUUCACCAGUAAUGUCAUUGUCGCAAAAGUAUAAUAUAUAGAGUAUUUUUAGAUGAAUGUCUUUGUUAAAAAUGUUUACCGAUAGCACUACAGAGCUGGUGUUUGCCAUAUUUACUAUAUACUGAACUAGGGCUUACCAAAAACGUACCAUAAAGAUUUGUGUUCAGAAUGAUAAAUAUUAUAAAUAUGUUUUUCUUUUCUUUUCUUAAUAUAUUUGGACCAAAUUUCUUAAGGUGAACUAUGCAGCCACUUUUAUUUUUGUAUUUCUAUAUUUUUGAAUUCUUAAACCAUUUUAAAUGUUGAUCUUUGAUAUAACGAUAUAUAUGCAUAUGUUUGUCUGUGCUUGAAAUACUUAAAUCCACUUUUUGAAUGUUAUAUGAAUAAGUGAUCAUAUUUUAGAACUUUUAAAGGUAAUGUCUAAAUAUGUACCUAUCGUUUUAUUUUGGAUACAUUGUUUGAUUCGUUUGUUAGGCACAGUAGAUGAAUGUACCAGAUAGGUAUUGGGUUUUUCUAUCACGCCCUGAUGUGUGCGUAUAAUAGAAUAAAGAUAUAACGCAGUUGUUGAAAUAGCCUCGAAUAGGCAAAUCUUAUAAACGAGCACACAAUGAAGCCUUUAUAGAGACGUAUUUUUAUCACGGAGACACGCAUAGUUGAACAGUUUACAAUAAUUAUAAUAUCUAGAGUUUAGAUUGCGACAAAGUUUUACAUAACAUACCUACAAAAAUAAAUAUUUUGUAGCCGUUUGUUAGAAGAUUUCUACUUAAAACGAGUAUUUGUAUUCGAAUUGUUGUUUGUGACGCGUAUUUAUACAUAGUUCUAGAACUAACAUUAAGAAUUUGGAGUACCCUGUCUUUUCUUAUAUUCAUACUAAUCAUAACAUUCGUAACUGGCCAAUAUUUUUAAAUGUGUAACCUUUGCUAUGUCUCUUUAAUAUAACUGAAUAUCUUUUUUGUGUAUAUGUAUAACGAUACAUAUAGGUACUACCCGCUUAAGAAGGUACCUAAUAUAGUCGCAACUGUAAGAAAAAGUUUAGAUGUUUUAUAUUUAUAAACGAUUCAUAUAAGUUGUCUUCUUUAUACGUAGCUGGGAUAGACCUGUGCGCAUGCGCGCGUAGUUAGGGAAAAUCAAGAGGGAUGAAACAUUGGCCAGUAAAUGAUAAGGGUAUGGUGAUUGAGUCAGAAAAAGGAAUUGCUGGCAGGUAAUCGAUCUCAACUCUGAACGAUUACAAAAAAAAACAUUGAUAGGUAACAAUCUGUCUUAAUAGAUCGAUUUACCACAGUGAGUGAGUUAAGUAAUUACGAAUUGGAAAGAGGCACGUCGUUGUUGUUACAAGCCUUUUUAGACAGGGCACCUUAGCUGCUUUGUAAGCAACCGCCUCACUUUUUGAAACGCAAUAAAUGUUACAUACUUAAGUAUAGUAUAAGUGUUACCGCGUGUCGGGUAUAGUAUGAACGUAAGAACCAAUAUACCUCUAUAUAUACUCGAGGGACACCUAUAGGUAUAUAAUAACUAUUCCAAAAUGUUCAUAAAAGUGAGAUCAACGUCUACCUCGUGAAGUAAUAUUAGAAGAUGUAUUCAGUUAUAGCAGUAUAUUCAAUAUACAUACUAUGAUACCACGUCGUCGUGACCUAAUCGACGAAGUUAAUCUAUUGUGUUUUGAAAAUUGAGGCACAUAAUACAUUCACUGUAAGGUAAUAAAAACACACCAGAUAUAUGUUAUUAAAUUAGAUAUUAAUAUAGAUUUAACUAUAUGCAGCUAUAAAGACUAAAAGUAAUAAUUGUUAUUUGUGGAGGGUACUCCGCAAUAAACCUUUUACAUAGUUAAUUAAUAUAGGUAAUUACUUACCUACACUAGUCACUACUCACUAGUCACAUACUUUAUUAUAAGAACCUAUUCCACAAGUGUAUACCUUACUACAAGUGCCAGCGUAUACUGUAGUAGACCUUUGAUCGGCUGAUAGUCAAAUCAGUCUGCCAAUUAGUACGCUUCAACUUACCUACCAAAUACAAACGUAAAACAUUAUACUCGGGCAAGGCGGCUCAGGAUUAAAUCAAGCAAUUUGUUGUCUAUAAUUACUUUAGUGUCGCCUUCGUUCGACUGUCGCAUAAUCGGCCUAUCAAAAGUCUUGACUGGACGCUGAGUGUCACUUGUUUUGCAAUCUUCCUUCUCUUGUCUCUGAUGAUAUACCAUAACCCUCCUACUUACACGUCGUUUCCAAAUUAUUGCGGUUAGUCUUUAUUUGCUGACAUUUAAUUAGCAUAGAUCGUGUGUGGCUAAUAAAUAACUUAAAUUCACGUAAUUCUUAAAUGUGUAUCAACGUAGAUUUCGUGAUGAUAGCCAAAUAAAUAUUCUUUGAUUCGUUCGUUAAGACAGGCCGACAGCGGAUCAAUGUACCUAUGUAUAAAUAUCAUAAAUAUCGAACACUUUGUAUUUAAGAUUCUGCUAUAUCCGAGACUUCCGAAAGUAGUAGUAUUGUUUUACUUUUUUAUUUAUAUUGAGUAGCUUCAGUGCUCCACUUAUUAGUAACUCUCCGCAUUUACCUUCCCGUUUGUUACUCUCAUUAUACACGAUAUUCAAGUUUCAAGAAUAGAAAUACCUAUAUACUAGCUAGGUAGUAAUUUUACGAUGUAACUGUGUAACGAAAUAUUUAACUUAGAUAAUCAUUUUUUUAUUAGGCGAUAUGUAGAUACCAACUAGAUUUGUUGAAACGAAUAUGUAAAUUAAAAAAUAUACUGGAUGUUAUAGCUACGUACCUACCUACCUUGCUUUAAAAGUCACGUACAUGAAACUUUAAUUAGGUAUCAUAAUAUUUAUACACUAUCUACAAUAGCAUAUUAUCAUCGUUUAUUGGAUAUCACCUCACAACAUAACAUUAUUAUGUCGAUAUACGUGUUCAGAUUGGUAGAGAAUCUAUUUUAGUGAGAAUAUAUAAACAAGCAAACAUAAUCAGUGUACUUUAUCUUAAAAGCAAGAUACUUAUAACAGUAGGUAUAUUAAUUACUCUAUAUGUACCUAUAUGUAAUUAUUGCUUCAGUAAA